AACACUAUACCCCUAACCUCAAGUUUCCUCUCAAGAAAAAUCCGCAGGUUCUCCUUGAAUCAACUCUUUCUCACUUAAGGUACUCAAAGAUACUCUCCGUCCACCACGAAAAUAAGUUCCAUUAUUUAAACCUGAACUCCGCUCUAAUUCGAAUUCAAGUCAUGGUGUCAUUGAAAUCCCUACUUGUCACGAGCGUGCUGGCUAGCGCUGCCUCCUGCGCGCCUUCAGCUGACUCUCACACCAUUGCUGCGCGAUCAGGUUCGGGAAAACGCGGUCUUGCUUACAACAAUGGUGGCCUCCUUCCCAUAUUCCUCCGCAUUGGAGAGUCCUUUUCCUGGUCCUAUAAUUGGAAUGGCAGGUCUUCGGGCGACACUUCGAGCAUUGAAUUUGUGCCCAUGCUUUGGGGGGCGAGGAGCUUCGGAUCAUGGUACGGUGAUGCUGAAGCAUCCCUUGCUUCUGGGAGCAAAAACCUGCUUGCGUUCAACGAACCUGAUAUACUCUCGCAAGCCAAUAUGACUCCUGAAGUUGCCGCGCAAGCUUAUAUGAAGUACAUGAACCAGUACUCAGGCAGGGCCCGCCUAGGCUCCCCGGCCGUUUCCAAUGGGGCCCCCCCGUUAGGACUUGGCUGGAUGAAAAACUUCCUCGACAUCUGCGGGGGGAAAUGCAAGAUUGACUUCCUCGCUGUCCAUUGGCACGGUCCGGCUGGAAAUGUGGAUGACUUCAAACGCUACAUUUCCAAUGCAAUUGCCCUUGCCAAGAAUUAUGGGAUUGCCACUGUCUGGGUUACUGAAUUUGGGGCGCAAGGGGAUGAGUGGCAGCAGGUACAAUUCCUGAAAGAGGUGCUCCCUUGGUUAGAUAAUAAUGCUGGCGUGGAGCGCUAUGCCUAUUUCUUCGUUGAUACGCUUGCACGGGGAGGUUCAUUGUCUUCUGUCGGCCAAGUUUAUAGCACCAUCUAACAUAUAGCUUGAAACUUAAUAUCCGGGACUCUAGCAAUUUAGUGUUGUGGGCCGCAACGUAACUUUUCGGUUUGUCUCGGGCAACUGCAUUACAUUUUGCAGUCUAUUGCUGGAUUAUCUCUGGCUUUUGGGACCAUUCAUUCUUCAUUUUCCGAUCGAGAGUGGCAGAGUGUUAAAGUGUAUCUACAGUAUCAUACUCUCAUAUACCCGCAAAUGAAAUGUGGCGAUCGGAACUUUGUAACCAGGAAAUUUUGAUAAAGCUAAAACAGUAAACAUCUUAUGGAACAAGCUGUGACUGCAAACAUACUCCUCUACACUGCUGGGGCGAUUUGCAAAACAUUCUUCUUGUCCCCUCACAACAUGUACAGUACAUCGUGCUUGGACAUGGAUCAAGUUUCUCAGGUGCUUAUUAACCUCACCCUAGGAAGGGUGUCUAAGAUUGACUUUUAUAGAACCAUGGUCAAACUGUAAGCUAAAUCACGUAUUCGGUAUAUGUAUGUUACUAAUUGGAGCUGAUGAACGCUAGAGUGGAAAAAUGU